AGUUCUACCCAAGGGAACGUUUCUCAUCUGUGGUGACAGAGUAUGGGCUGGGAUCCCCUCACGACUCCAGGGAGGUCCCUGUACCCUAGGAAAACUUUCCACCCUUACUCCAAAUAUCACCUUGUUGCACAAUUGGAAAAAAGAGAGCGAGUUAAAACGCCACAAAAGGUCCUACACAGCAUUUGAUGAAAAUUGCGAUCCCAAAUUAUACGAUUGGAACAAACCUAAAAAGAUAGCAGUCUCUAUAUUCCUACCAUGGGUAGCUGCAGCUAAGGCCCUGGGUGACAUAAAUCACCUUGGGUGCUGGCUCAGUAAGCAAGCUAACGCUACUUCUGCUGCCCUGAGCGAUCUCUUAAAGGAAGAAGAAACCACAAGACACGCCUCACUCCAAAAUCGAGCAGCGAUUGACUUCCUGCUGCUUGCCCACGGACAUGGCUGCGAGGACUUCGAAGGGAUGUGCUGCUUCAAUCUCUCUUCACGCUCGGAAUCCAUCCACGCCAACAUCCAGAAACUGAAGGGACUUGUGAAGGACUUAAAAGUAGAACAGACCCCAGACUGGGUCAAUGACCUCUUCGGUCAAUGGGGACUAACGGGAUGGGCUGCAUCUUUGGUUAAGGGAAUGUUGUGGAUUUUUCUUGUAAUUGUCAUCGUGUUACUUAUGUUCUCAUGCCUUGUCCACUGUUUUAAGAGAACCAUAGGGAACGCCUUUUUUUCUAAAUACAGAAAGUGGAGUUGUAGCAGGCACAAGGCCUGCAAGGCCCUGGAGAUCAGAAGCCUGAGCUAGGAAAUACCAAAGUCAGCAUGACUAAGGGUUUAGAAGACCCCUCUUCCGCCUUUCGGACCCUGUUAUCUCUCUGUAGAUCCAUAGGCCACUUUUUCCCCUGACCCUUACUAUUGGACAGUUUUCAAUCCCCCUAUAAGGUAUAAAAACCCCUAGCUCUGCCCGGUUCGGGAGAGGAGAGCUGUCCCUGGAACCUUCGCGGGGACCCCAAUAAAGAACCCUGCGGAACCCAUACAGCGCUGCUCCUCUCUCUCUGCGUCUGCUGCGGCGAUACCCAGGGUGACGGCCCCAGGCAUGCUAAAAGAGCUGAAAUCACUAAAGAGCUGAGCUGCAAAUCACUAUAGCUGCCUGGGCUGCCUGAACCCCCGCUGGGCGAUCCUGGACCCUCGUUGAGCUAUCCUGGACAACCGGCCUCCCCGCUGGGCUUCUGCCCCUGGGGGCCAUAGCUGGCGCUCCGAACAGAGCCGACGCCCGAACAGCGGGGGGCCCCUGGGCCAACAUCUGAACCGCCGUGAUAGCCUGGCCGCGGAACUGAAUGCCGGACCUGGCAUUCCAGAGGAGCAGCACUUCUUCGUGAAAUUGUCACUGCCUCCGCUCGCCAGAGAUCCUGGAAGGAGAAGCUCUUCGUUUUAGAAGGACUCUUCUGGACAGGACGUCAGCCGACCCGCAACAACGACACCUGGGCACGCGAGUGUCCGCGGAGGCUGAUGAGCAGACGACCCCCAGCAGAACUUUGACCCACAACAGGCUGAAAAGUAAGCCCCAUUCCUGCCCAAAGAUGAAAAAUAUCUCCGUUGGCGCUGUCCUCACUGCUGCCUGGAUGUUCCUCACCGUGCCAUGUGCCGUCGGUUGGAUCGGCCCACAGCCGAGCCAUAAUGUCUGGGUAACCUUAGCAAGAACAUUAAAACAGGAUAACAUGUGCUUAUCCAUGGGGAGCGUUGAUAACCCACUUUCCACAUGUCUAGUAGGAAUUCCUUUCGUAGCCGAUGAUUGGCCCGCCUAUAAUUCAGAGCUUCUCCGCACCACAGGUAAGCGACCCCACCAGGUAGAAACUUGGGACGAGUGGACAAAAAUACUGCCCAAUGCUCUUGAGGAACCUCAAGAAUUGGAUCUAUUGGGAUCCUCUAAGGCCACAUUCUGUGUCAAAUUUUACUUUAGACGUCCAAAGAAUAAUUUGCCUGAAAUUGAUCUGAACAAAAACACAUACCGAAAAGACAUAUCACCAAUUAACAAAGCCUACAACCCUCACGAUUGGUGUAAUUACACUGCUCGUGUGAUCUCUGUGUCCUCUCUCCAUCCCAAAGUUCUACCCAAGGGAACGUUUCUCAUCUGUGGUGACAGAGUAUGGGCUGGGAUCCCCUCCCGACUCCAGGGAGGUCCCUGUACCCUAGGAAAGCUGUCUACCCUUACUCCAAAUAUCACCUUGUUGCACAAUUGGAAAAAAGAGAGCGAGUUAAAACGCCACAAAAGGUCCUACACAGCAUUUGAUGAAAAUUGCGAUCCCAAAUUAUACGAUUGGAACAAACCUAAAAAGAUAGCGGUCUCUAUAUUCCUACCAUGGGUAGCUGCAGCUAAGGCCCUGGGUGACAUAAAUCACCUUGGGUGCUGGCUCAGUAAGCAAGCUAACGCUACUUCUGCUGCCCUGAGUGAUCUCUUAAAGGAAGAAGAAACCACAAGACACGCCUCCCUCCAAAAUCGAGCAGCGAUUGACUUCCUGCUGCUUGCCCACGGACAUGGCUGCGAGGACUUCGAAGGGAUGUGCUGCUUCAAUCUCUCUUCACGCUCGGAAUCCAUCCACGCCAACAUCCAGAAACUGAAGGGACUUGUGAAGGACUUAAAAGUAGAACAGACCCCAGACUGGGUCAAUGACCUCUUCGGUCAAUGGGGAUUAACGGGAUGGGUUGCAUCUUUGGUUAAGGGAAUGUUGUGGAUUUUUCUUGUAAUUGUCAUCGUGUUACUUAUGUUCUCAUGCCUUGUCCACUGUUUUAAAAGAACCAUAGGGAACGCCUUUUUUCUAAAUACAGAAAGUGGAGUUGUAGCAGGCACAGGGCCUGCAAGGCCUUGGAGAACAGAAGCCUGAGCUAGGAAAUACCAAAGUCAGCAUGACUAAGGGUUUAGAAGACCCCUCUUCCGCCUUUCGGACCCUGUUAUCUCUCUGUAGAUCCAUAGGCCACUUUUUCCCCUGACCCUUACUAUUGGACAGUUUUCAAUCCCCCUAUAAGGUAUAAAAACCCCUAGCUCUGCCCGGUUCGGGAGAGGAGAGCUGUCCCUGGAACCUUCGCGGGGACCCCAAUAAAGAACCCUGCGGAACCCAUACAGCGCUGCUCCUCUCUCUCUGCGUCUGCUGCGGCUAUACCCAGGGUGACGGCCCCAGGCAUGCUAAAAGAGCUGAAAUCACUAAAGAGCUGAGCUGCAAAUCACUAUAGCUGCCUGGGCUGCCUGAACCCCCGCUGGGCGAUCCUGGACCCUCGUUGAGCUAUCCUGGACAACCGGCCUCCCCGCUGGGCUUCUGCCCCUGGGGGCCA